UCCAAACUGAUUUAUCAGUAUUUAUAUUAAAAGAUUUGGUUGUUGAUAAAUUCAAACUCAGUUGCUCAAUCACGCGGUUUGCAUUGUGAUUGUGACAUUUUUUGGAAGAAAUUUAUUAAUUUUUAAAUAAUUAUUAACUUAAAGUGAUAAAAAAGUAAUGUCAAAAGACAACAUGAGUAAUCAUAAAGUUGAUUACUAUGCGCUGAACGCGAAAUUAUGCAAAUUGGUUGAAUCUCAUCCGUGUAUGUACGAUCGUUCGGCGCCGAAUUACUUGAAGAAGGAAUACGUUGAAAGCGCAUGGGCUGAUAUUUCACAGCAGUUGAAAGAUACGGUUGCUUCCUGCAGAGAACGUUGGAGAAAUAUUCGCACCGCAUACGCCCGUUCGGUGAAUAUUUACAAAUCCCCUUCUGGACCAAAUCGUCACAAACGAUAUUACUUACACGAUGAACUGCAAUUUCUUACAAAGCAUUUAUCACAGGGACUGCCAAGCCUCCGUAUCUUAACUCCAAGCGAACUUGACUCAACUCAUGAAAACUCCCGACAGUCAAUCGAUCAAUCCGAAGACAAUAAUUGUGUAUAUGAAGUAAUUAAUCUAGACUCUCCAAAUUCAUACAAUCAAGAGAAAGCUCCAGAGGAGGACGAAGAACAUGUUCCCACUCCUGAACCACAACAUCAACCAGAAAGAGAUCAUGAACUAGAACCAGAGCUUUAUGUAGACCCUAUACAAUCCAAAAAACGAACUCGAAAAAAUUCAGAAGAUUUUCCUAUCACCAGCAAAGUACCAAAAAGGGAUCUUGAUUUUGAAUUCGUUAACAUAAUUCUGCCGGAAAUCAAAAACAUGAAUUCCCGACAGAAAAUUUUAUUCAAAGGAAAAAUAUUUGAAGCUCUCGAAGAAGUUCUCAGUGACUCAAAAGACUUUCCACAAAAAGAUCACAUAUCCUUCCUAUCACAAAGUGCAUACCUGAACCGAAGUACAGAAAGUUCUCAAGGCAGACAAUUCUACGGAAACAAACUUAAAGUUCUUCGAAAGGAACCACAACGACAAGGAUCUCAAAACUCUGUCGUCAAAGAAGAGAUUGAACGGGAAAGAGAUUAUGUUUAAGACUUACAAAUUCAUGUCAUUAGGUCUUUAAAUUAGGAUGCAUAACAUUAAUGUUAGAUUAAUAUUUUUGUUAGAUUAUAAACAUUACAAAACACAAAGUACUCGAUUAUUAAAAUUUCUAAGACCAUCAAGCGACAAUCAAAAGUGACAAAAUAUUCGAAUACUAAAGAAUUUAGAUUAAAUCGAUUUUUAACAGGUUUGAAAACGAACCAAAAAAAAUGUAGAAGAUUUUAUUAUAUAAGAUUUUUAAUAAAACAGAAAAUUGAAAAUUCUGAAAGAAAGUUUUGGUC